UGGCUUCUCUGGAUAAAAGGCGUUCGGUGCAUAAAGGGCUGGUAUCCUUCCUGGUGCGAAAAGAAUACAUCGGCGUUAGUUUGUUUUCGGAAUACAUUUGUUAUCCUAUGGAGUUUGUCGUUCAGGACACUUGUUUUUCUUUUCUCUUUUUCUUUUCUUUUCACUCAUGGUUAUGAUUCGGUUUAAUUUUACGGGGGGGUUUUUUUUUCUUUUUUCUUUUCGGUAUAUUUGUUUCUUGAUGGUUUUACUAGCUGCUGCUCUUUGGCUUCGGACGUAUAUAAGGUAUCAACCUUAUACGUCCGGUUCGUCUCAAUUUUUCCUUUUUUACCUUUUUUACCUUUUUUUUUUUUGCUGUUACUCGGUUUCUUGCCUAAGCGGUGAGGAGGUGUUGCAAGGGAAGGGAAACAGCUUUCGAAUUGUCAGUUCUUAUGAUAAACUGCCGCAUAUGAGGAUUAGCACAGUAUGCAUUGUACAAUAGAUACACAAACUUCAAAGGUCUUUAUGAGUGGCAUACCUACUGCCUGGUAAAGCAUUGC